GCGCGUCCUUACGGACGAGAGGAGGGCGGGGGCGCGGUUGCUUUAAAGCGCCCCAGCCCGGGCGGCGGGGGGCGGGGCGCUCUCGGAGCCGUGGGGUGCAGGGCGCAGCGGCCGGAGCGGGGUCCCCGGAAGCGCCAGCGGGGCAGGCCCGGCGGGGGCUCCUCCACCUGGGCGGGGAAGGAGCGGUUGCAGGACCCCGCCCGGCCGAGGCGCGGGGGCCGUAGGAGGUGCCGACUGGCCGCGUCGCCGCGGAGAUGGCGCGGCACGUGCGGUGACGGUGCCCGCGCCCCGAGGGUCCCAGCCUAGCGCCCCGCGUCCCCGGGCGAGCAUGGAGCGCCCGGAACCCGAGCUGAUCCGGCAGAGCUGGCGGGAGGUGAGCCGCAGCCCGCUGGAGCAUGGCACCGUCCUGUUCGCCAGGCUGUUUGACCUGGAGCCGGACCUGCUGCCCCUCUUCCAGUACAACUGCCGCCAGUUCUCCAGCCCGGAGGACUGCCUCUCUUCCCCUGAGUUCCUGGACCACAUCAGGAAGGUGAUGCUCGUGAUCGAUGCUGCGGUGACCAAUGUGGAGGACCUGUCCUCGCUGGAGGAGUACCUUGCCAGCCUGGGCAGGAAGCACCGGGCAGUGGGUGUGAAGCUCAGCUCCUUCUCGGUGGGUAAAGGGGCUCUUUCUCUCUCCAAAGCUCCUGGCCUGAGGCCACCACUCUCUCCCAGGCCUCUCCUAUCCACCUGUUCAUCCUUCCCACUCCUAUACCCUCAGAUGACCAGGGCUGGGGCAUGCACUGUUAUGUACUUGCUGUGUGACCCUGGCACUGCCUUGACCUCUCUGAGCCUCCAAUUUUUCUUCUCUGGUAUGGCUUCCCUUAGAACCAUAGGAGGUGAAGGAGCCUUUGGGAUUAGCUGGUCUGCUCAGUUUUAUAUUGCUGUGUAUGAAACCAUCCCAGAACAGCCUGGCUUAAAACAAUGAUUUCUGAUUUCUCUGGGCUCAGUUGAGCGGUUCUUCUGUUCCACGUGCUGUGGCUGGAGCCACGCGUGCACUGCAUUCAGCUGGGAGCUCAGUUGGGGCUGGAAUGUCCAAGAUGGCCUGUCAUCCUUUGGGAUCUCUCUCCGUGUGGCCUCUUAUUGCUCAAUAGUCUAGCUGAGAUUCUUUACAGAGUGGCACCUGAGUUUCGAGAGGGAGUGUUUCAAGAGGACAAGCCAGCCUCUGCAUGCUAAUGUCCCAUUUGCCAAAGCCAGUCACAUGGAUGAGCCCAGUGUCAAGGGUGUGAAUCCUUGAGGUGUGGCUCACUGGGGACCCUGACCUGACAGCCUACCACACAGUCACCUUGCCAGACGUACGCACCUUGAGGAAGGCACUGAGUUUGUCUUGUCAUUUUCUCCAUCCCCAGCACUAGCACAGUAUCUGGUAUUUAGUGCAUAUUCAGUAAAUAUUUGUGGAAUAAAUAAACUGUAUUUUAUAAUUACUAAUAAAACAUGAGAACGUUAUUAUUGCUGAAGACUUACUGUGUGUAGAUGCUGUGCUAAGAGCUUUUCAUAGAUGAUCUCAUUUAAUCAUCCCAACAAUCUGAUGAGUUGGAAGUGUUACAUUCCCUGUUUUACUGAUGAAGCAUCUGAGGCUCAGAGAGGUUACCUAACUUGCUCAAGGUCACACAGCUCAUAAGUAGUAGAGUCAGAAAGUGAACUCAGGUUCAUCUCAGGUUGCAGAGCCUGGACUCUUAACAUCAUGACUGCUGUCUUGCAGAGGAGGAAACAGGCCUGGAGGCAAUGACUUUGCUUGGUCUGAGCUGGAGGUCCCAGGCAAUGCCUCGGCUCCACUCACGGGGUGGUUGUGAGGCUGGGAGUGGAGUGAAAUGCUUUGUUCACUUUAAAGCCUCACCUUUAAGGUGUACACAAGGAUUGGGGCAGAAUCCUGCUCAGGAAGCAUGGACCCCCGUGCAGGAGAGAAGAAAAGCCCAGGAGUCCUUACCAGCCCCAAGCCUCAGUUUUCUCACCUGUGGAAUGAGGGCACGCCUUCCUGCCUUUGGGAAUGACAGGUGCCCCUUGCCUCUGCAGACGGUGGGUGAGUCCCUGCUCUACAUGCUGGAGAAGUGCCUGGGCCCUGCCUUCACACCAGCCAUGCGGGCUGCC